AUGAGCGCCGCAAAGCAAAAGGCCCAAACCAUCAUCGCGGACAACGCCGUCGUUGUCUUCUCCAAAUCCUACUGCCCAUACUGCAAGGCCACCAAGUCCCUGCUGUCGUCGGAAGGGGCCAAGUACUUCACCAUGGAAUUAGACCAAGUCGAUGAUGGCGCCGCUAUCCAAGCCGCUCUCGAGGAGAUCACCAACCAGCGCACCGUUCCCAACAUCUUCAUCGACCACAAGCACAUCGGUGGAAACUCUGACUUGCAAGCCCGCAAGUCUGAAUUGCCGGCUUUGCUCAAGGCUGCUGGUGCGUUGCAGGCAUGA